AUGGUACGAAGCAGGAAUUAUACUCAGUCAUCUUGCCUGCAGAUGUUUGCUUUCUCCAGGCAAGCAGCAGCUACUCAGGGGAUAUCAAGAGCAGCAGAGGUCUUUCAAAUGACUUUGCAACUUUUAAAGGAUGAAGCAAGAAGGAGACAGAAACGAUCUGUCCCUGUGGCAGAGCUCCUUUCCAUGGAGGAAGUGGAGCUGAUAGCAAACCUGUCUGGGUGUCCUCCAGCCUUUCAACCAGCCAGCUGCCCCAAAGGUGGUGAUUCAGAGAAAUACCGCACUAUCUCUGGAGUCUGCAAUAACAGAAAUAACCCUCUCUGGGGAGCAGCCAGCACUGUCUUGGCCAGAUGGCUCCCGGCGGAGUACGAGGAUGGAGAAAGCCAACCAAAAGGCUGGAACACUGGGCACCAAUACAGUGGCUUCCAACUUCCCGCAGUUCGGGAAGUCAGCAACAGCAUUAUGCAAAGCUCCGGCCAGAUCACAUUGGAAGAUGAGGCAUAUUCCCAGCUGCUGGUGGACUGGGGUCAGUACAUAGACCACGACAUCUCCUUCACUCCUCAAAGCACAAGCAAAGCUGCCUUUCUGGAGGGUCUCGACUGCCUACACAUGUGUGAAAAUUCGGAUCCGUGCUUUCCAAUUCAGAUUCCUCCACAUGAUAAGCUGUUUGGAAGUAAAAGCUGUCUCCCAUUUUUCCGUUCUUCGCCAGCCUGCCUCAGUGGUCCAGCACACACUCUGCAAGCACAGAUGCUACAGAGACAACAGAUUAAUUUAAUCACGUCCUUCCUGGAUGCCUCCACUGUCUAUGGACACUCUGUGGACUUAGAAAACGCUCUGAGGAACCUCUCGAGCUCUGAGGGCCUGCUGGCGGUGAACAGCAAAUACACUGACCAUGGCGGUCACCCGUACCUGCCUUUUGUCAGCCUCACUCCAUCUGCAUGCAUUCAGCAGCCCAGCACUGGGCCGAGGGAGCGGGUGGAGUGUUUCCUUGCUGGAGAUAGCAGAGUGAACGAGAUUCUGCCCCUCGCUGCUCUGCACACACUGUGGGUGAGGGAACACAAUCGCAUUGCUACACGGCUGAAACAACUGAAUGCCCACUGGAGCUCAGAGACAACCUAUCAGGAGACGCGCAAAAUCAUUGGAGCUUUGCAUCAGAUCAUAACCAUGAGGGAUUAUAUUCCAAAAAUCCUUGGAAAAGAAGCUUUUGAUCAAACUAUCGGACCUUAUGAGGGAUAUGAUGAGACUAUAAACCCUUCAGUUUCCAAUGUGUUUGCCACCGCUGCAUUCCGCUUUGGCCACGCCACCAUCUCAGCACAGAUGAGGAGACUGAACGAGAGUUUCCAGGAGCAUCCGCACUUUUCCUCCUUGAGUCUACAUCAGACCUUUUUCAGUCCAUGGAGGAUCAUCAGAGAAGGAGGAUUAGAUCCAAUACUGCGAGGUCUCCUGGGCAGGCCUGCUGCCAGGCUGAACCAACAGCACCUGAUGACUGAGGAACUGACAGAGAAGCUGGUGGUGCUCAAUAUCCCAGAAGCACUGGACCUGGCAGCUUUAAACCUCCAAAGGGGACGAGAUCAUGGCCUUCCAGGUUACAAUGACUGGAGGGUGUUCUGUGGAUAUGACAGAGUGGAAAGCAAAGCAGAUCUGAGGGCUGUGGUACGUGACAGGGCUUUGGUUGAAAAGCUAAUGGAUCUAUACGGGCAUCCCAACAAUAUCGAUGUGUGGCUGGCAGGGCUGGUGGAGGAUCUGCUACCUGGCGCUAGGACUGGCCCUCUCUUUGCAUGCUUGAUCGGAAAACAGAUGAAGAUGCUCAGGGAAGGUGACAGGUUUUGGUGGGAAAAGCCUGGCGUGUUCUCUUCACGGCAGAGACAGGAGCUCCAGAGGCAUUCCCUGUCUCGAGUCUUCUGCGACAGCAGUGGAGUGACAGAGGUUCCCCUUGAUCCAUUCACUCUGGGAACUUACCCUGAGGACUUUCUUUUGUGCAGCAGUGUACCAUCAUUAGACCUAAAUGCAUGGAAGGAGGAGCCUGAAAAAGACGUAAGUGACUUGGACAGCGCAGAAAGGCAUGUAUGACAGAGGUCAUCUGAGUGUCCAAAGGUGUCAACAUCACAGCUAGCUGGAGGUGCACUGGCGAAGGUC